AUGGGUGCCAGUGACUCCAAGCUCGUCUUCAAGAAGGGGAUCUUUAGGCUCUCGGAAGAGCGACAUAUCCCCGCCGAUGAUUCCUACUGGACGUCCUUCUGGGAGCUCCCAGAAUCCUCUGAGGAUGUCUUCAGUCUCUUCUCGCCUGCCGAUAUCCGUCGGACACGCGACAGGGCCAUAGAAAACCUAGAGACACUCAUCUUAGCUGUCACCUCGCGCUUGUUCAUAUUACGCCACCACCCCUCCUUUCCCGACGCCGAGUUCGCUCCUGAAAAGGAUGCCCUGAACUGUAUUCGUGUCCUGACCCGCAUUCUACCAUACAUAUACGAAUCUGAUAAUCUGCAAUCAUGGGAAGAUAAAUUCUUCUGGGGCACGAGGAGGAAACGAACGAGGCGGUCAGCCAUCGCAAAUGAAGUGCUCUUUGACGAAGCCCAGGAGGACAAGCAGGAUACGAAAGCCCCGGCCGACGAAUUCGAAGAUGCGAAACCACUUGCCGAGGAACUCAUAGAUACCCUCAUUGACUUGCUCUUCUUUUCGGAUUUGACGGUCCCGAAACAGCCCCAUGGCAAGCCAAAGGUCACUUAUGCCAUUUGGCAGAGCGGAGUAGGGUGCAAUACGGUUGUGCCUACAACAAAGGAGUUUGAGAGCAACCGGUGUGAGAUCCUGCGACUUCUUGUAACACUAGCGAGCCAGAGCAUGUAUAUGUCGCCAAACCUGCUUCCAACCAAGGGGACGAAAACACUCACCUAUAUCUGCACUUGCCCUGAUAAGCAAAUUGUGCUGUCUGUUCUAUGCUCGCUACUGAAUACUACUCUUAAAUAUAAUCCGGCUAGUUGGCGUGUCCCUAUCAACACUCUUGUUUUCAAGGAUCCGAAAGAGGUUCUCGUCACCUAUACUUUACAGUUCCUCUUGGUCAUUUUGCUCUACCCGGUUCCUGAAUCACCCACUGGCUCUACGCCGAAGAACUUUUAUCGCCAUUUUCUAGGCCGGUUGCAUCGACCUCAGGAUUUUCAGUUUAUACUAGAUGGCAUGACCCGAAUUCUUAAUCAACCAAUACAGUCCAAUGCAUCAUAUCUGCCACACACACAAUCCAAUACCAGAUUUUCCCCUGAGAUGAUUAUGCUCUUUUGGGAGGUUACUCAGUGUAACAAGCGCUUCAGAUCAUACAUGAUCGAUACGCAACGGGCACAUGAUUUCGUCAUUCUUAUUCUCUUUUAUGCCACCGAGUACAAGCUAGAUGCCUCGAAACAAGGCGUGGUAAGAAUGUGCGCCUUCCUGUUACAAACAUUAAGUGUUGAAAAAAACUUCGGUGUCAACUUGAAUAAGCGUUUCACCGCACAGGACACGCUUCCGCCGGUCAUCAGAAUCCCUAACUUCAGGGGAACCUAUGGGGAUUUUCUUAUACAGUCGAUAUAUAAUCUCAUCACUAGGAGCCAGGGCAAGCUCUCUGCUAUUUAUCCAGCAUUGUUAGCCGUAGUUUACAAUGUUUCCGCAUAUCUGGAAGGUAUUAGUAAAACAACAUGCUCGAAAUUACUACAGCUGUUCAAUUCAAUGUCUUCUCCAUCCUUUCUUCUAGCCAAUGAUAGCAAUCAUGUUUUGUUGAAUUCUCUUCUGGCGUCUUUGAAUGCCAUCAUUGAGCAUCAAUACGAGAAAAACCCGAAUUUUAUUUUUCUUGUCCUAAAGAACAGGAGACGGUUUGAGGCUUUGCGAAGCUUCACCCUCGAGAGCGGCCAGGAAGAACUCGAGCGGCGCAAUCGCCAAAGAAAAGAGAGCGGACAGCCUGUCGAUCCCUUUGAAACGAACUCUAGGCGGAGUUCGGUUGAGAGCUUACGUAGUCCUACCACAACCGUACCAAAAAUCCCGUCCCUGAGCGAUGUACCCGAGGAGGACGCCACCUUCACAAUCGGAGAUGAUGAAGAUGAUAGUGAUGCAGAAGAGCGUCCGACACCAGCCCAGUCGAGUUCAAGUGAAAACCCUUCUCGUGGUUCGUCAGUUGCUGGUGCCGAGGAUGCUGUACCAACUCAAUUAAAGGGGAUGUCUGAAAAGGCUCGGGGGAAAAUGCCUGCUGGCAUCCCGGCCUUCUCUAGGCAGAAUAGUACUACCAGCUUGGGAAGCUAUUCUGCUGCCGGCCAAUCUUCGUUGGGGGUUUUCGAGCCAUCUGCAGAUUGGAUUGAGAGCUGGCUUCCGGAACUCCCACUGCACACGAUCCUAACUGUGAUUCAACAGCUGACCGGGCUCAUUGAUCGUGAGGGGCUCAGUGCCGACUCUCCUUCGCCUGCCACUCUAAAGGCAAUCAAAGAAGCCGACAUAGUUGCUAUUGAACCAUCAGCAGUUCGAGUUCAGUCUUUUGAGUGGUCCCCUCUUGCUCUCGGCUGGUAUGAAUCUUUAAUAUGGGGUUUCAUCUUCGCUAGCGAAAUGCAGGUUGCCAAGGGUAUGGUUGGCAUUUGGAAUGGCACAGGAAUCAAGCUAUUCAAAGUUCAAGAGACGGCGCCUGCCGGUCCAACUUUGACAUCUCCGCGCGGAGCCGUCGACGCUGUCGGCAGCAACAUUGUAUCAAGAAUCGGGUCAAUUAACCUUCGCGGACAAGCUCCUGGAGGCCCGGCCUCGCCAGGUCUCCCACCACAGAGACCCCCGCAGACUUAG